AUGGAUAGCGGUACCCUAGUUUCAAGCGUGCAGUUCUGGAACGACCCAGGAGCCUCGAGCAAGAAACUUUCUCUAGUCGAUUUGACGACGAUGCGGGCGAGAGCAGGGCGUGGUUCGGGCUGCGACCGCACAAGCUUGACACGUCAAUUGCAGCCUGACUCGCGAUGCGACCAUCUUCAAGGCCAGCCUGAUGCGUCGUUUGCACCGGAUCAGACAGGGCAUAAGCCCCCAUCCGGUGGAGAUGCGAAGGGUGAGAAGCUUAACCCGACAGCGAGCCUCACUGACGUUGCCCUGCGGAACAGUGAGGCGCUGUGGGGUGGUAGUGGAGGUAAGGCAGGAGGGGGCGGUGGAUUGGAGCAUCACAAUGAGAGCGAUACCGGACAUGGGUGUCCUGACGAGGCUACUCAGUAUAUCGCAGAACGACCGAGGGGUAUGCCUCCAUCAGGGACGGAAGUGGCGCGUAGCCAGACUACAGUGAUCAACGCAGCGUAUCUGGGCCCGAGAGUUGCUGGCAAAACGUCGGUUGUGUACAACAAGCCGAUAGUCGUCGAUGUUGAGCUUCCCGUAUGGGGCUCUUUGGACGAGCCAAGUGAGGUAUACCCUCAGGGCUAA